GGCUCAUGCCCGGCCUGUCCUCGCGAGGGGCGGGCUCCGUGACUCGGCUGGGCCCUCAGCGGCGGGCGAUGUGAAGAUGUCAGUGGGCUGUGCCUGUCCCGGUUGUUCCUCAAAGUCAUUCAAGCUGUACUCGCCGAAGGAGCCUCCAAACGGCAACGCCUUCCCCCCGUUCCAUCCCGGCACCAUGCUGGAUCGGGAUGUGGGCCCAACUCCCAUGUACCCGCCUACCUACCUGGAGCCUGGGAUUGGGAGGCACACACCAUAUGGCAACCAGACUGACUAUCGGAUAUUUGAGCUGAACAAACGGCUUCAGAACUGGACAGAGGAGUGUGACAAUCUCUGGUGGGAUGCGUUCACCACAGAGUUCUUUGAGGAUGACGCCAUGUUGACCAUCACCUUCUGCCUGGAGGAUGGACCAAAGAGAUACACCAUUGGCCGGACCCUGAUUCCACGCUACUUCCGAAGCAUUUUUGAGGGAGGUGCUACAGAGCUGUAUUAUGUGCUUAAGCACCCCAAGGAGGCAUUCCACAGCAACUUCGUGUCCCUCGACUGUGACCAGGGCAGCAUGGUGACCCAGCAUGGGAAACCCAUGUUCACCCAGGUGUGUGUGGAGGGCCGGCUGUACCUGGAGUUCAUGUUUGAUGACAUGAUGCGGAUAAAGACGUGGCACUUCAGCAUCCGGCAGCACCGAGAGCUCAUCCCCCGGAGCAUCCUUGCCAUGCAUGCCCAGGACCCGCAGAUGCUGGAUCAGCUUUCCAAAAAUAUCACCCGGUGUGGGCUGUCCAAUUCUACUCUCAACUACCUCCGACUGUGUGUGAUCCUCGAGCCCAUGCAGGAGCUCAUGUCCCGCCACAAGACCUACAGCCUCAGCCCCCGAGACUGCCUCAAGACCUGCCUUUUCCAGAAGUGGCAGCGCAUGGUGGCGCCCCCCGCGGAACCCACACGGCAGCAGCCCAGCAAGCGGCGGAAACGGAAGAUGUCGGGGGGCAGCACCAUGAGCUCCGGGGGUGGCAACACCAACAACAGCAACAGCAAGAAGAAGAGCCCAGCCAGCACCUUCGCCCUCUCCAGCCAGGUACCUGAUGUGAUGGUGGUGGGGGAGCCCACCCUGAUGGGCGGGGAGUUCGGGGACGAGGACGAGAGGCUCAUCACCCGGCUGGAGAACACGCAGUUUGACGCGGCCAACGGCAUUGACGACGAGGACAGCUUUAACAACUCCCCUGCACUGGGCGCCAACAGCCCCUGGAACAGCAAGCCCCCGUCCAGCCAGGAAAGCAAAUCGGAGAACCCCACGUCACAGGCCUCCCAGUAGAGGCCUGUCACGGCCACCCAGUGCUCUGCCCACCCCCUGCAGCCCUCGGGAGCAGAAGACAUGAGACUGAGCGUCUACAGUGGGCAAUCUGUCCACCCACUUCAGGGAGGAGCUGGACUCGCUGGGGGCAGGUGCCAGGAUUUGCCCCCCAGUGGCCCCAACUGGGCCUGGCCCCUGUGGAGCCUUUGGGAGGAGGGGGUUCUCAUGUGGAUGCCUGUGUGGGCUCUGGGCCUCAGAGGUGUCCUGGCCACCGCCACCCAGGGCGUUGCUUCCACCCUCAUCCCAGGUCCUGGGUCUCCCCCUCCUGGCUUGCCCUUUAAGCCCGAGGUUGUCUGCACCCACAGUCCGGAGGGUCUUGGGGCUGGGUUGAAUGUCCCUCCCCCUGGACAGCUGGUGAGCGAGGGGCAAAGCUCUGGACUCCUCCUCCCCUCUGCCACUUGUCCCAGCUCCCAAGUUUUUAAAAAAAUAAUAUUAUUAAAAAUGUAAGUUUAAAAAAAUCACUCAUGGUUCCCCUCUUGCCCCUGUUAAGUCCAGCUACCUCCCUCCUGGCAGAUGGGGGUCCAGGGCCCGGGUGGGGGUGAGAGCCGGUGAGGUGUAUGCAUACUGUUUUAUAAAGUUGGAGAGCUUUAGACCAAGGA